AUGCAGACGCUACUUCUACCGCCGGCUUCCGUCGGCAGUUUCACGGUGGCCUCUGCGGAUUCGGCGGAGGCUUCGUCCGGCUCAGCUCCUCAUCUCUACCGUCUAAAUUUGCGGCGAAAUUGCUUUUCCCCACCGUCUCUCGUCCUUCUUCAAUCUCGUCAACCUUCGACAUCAUGUUCAUCUUCUUUUCCUUAUUGCUUUGUCGAUGCUCUUUAUGGACCAGCGAAACUCUCCUUCUCUGCAAAAUCUUAUUCCCAAGGUUCUUCCCCUUCCACUCCGGCCGAUCAUGAAUCAGAAGAAUCAAAACUUGCUCAGGCACUCUCUCUUUCUCAUCAUCCUCUUCUCUCUCUAUCUGAAAUGGGGGUUUCAAAGAGGCUAGAGAAGACAGCGAGGUAUUUUAAGCGUUUGGGAAGUUUAGGAUUUUGGGGCCAGCUAGCCUGCACGGUGGUGGCUGCUGUCAUACUAUCAUUUUCCGUUGUUAUCACAGGCAAGGUUACUUCACCGGCAACCUUUUAUGCUACCUCUGGUGGAUUAGUGGCUGCUUUCAUUUCUGUAUUCUGGUCAUUCAGAUAUAUUCGGCUAUCAAGUAAGCUUCGAAGAACUGCCAAUGAGCCAACAAAGGCCCCUCCUCGUGCUGAUGUUGUGAAAAGUUUGAAAAACGGUAUAGUGUUGAACCUCUUGGGAAUGGGCGCCGCUAUUCUUGGCAUGCAAGCCACAGUUGGAGCUUUGGUUGGAAAGGCUCUCACUUCCUCGGCCAGUCCAUAUUACUCAGGGAUGUCUCCUGGAUUCAGCCCUGUCCUUGCUCUGGAUGUCUUUUUAGUGCAGGCUUCAGCAAACACCAUCCUUUCUCAUUUCCUGGGGCUUGUUUUCUCGCUGGAAUUGUUGCGUUCAGUUACGCUACCAACAUCAGAAACUAUUCCAAUCCCAAAGCUUGCGUGAGGCUUGGCUUGUGUUGUGUUUGAUGUGAAUUAUAGUCGAAGUAUCUCCUCACUCUUUAGGGUUUGUUUCCUUAAUGAAUGUUUAUUAUAUUAGUUCGAGGGUUGUGAGAUCCUCUUGUUAGGCGAUUGAUCGGUUGUGUAUUGUAUUUUAAGUCUUUGGUGAACCUGUUUCUGUAGCCAUAAGGAGGAAUAAAAUUUUGACUGAAGAGCUUUGUAUCUUUGCA